AUCAUUUCCAUAAACACAACAGAACACACUUCCAAUAAGCAAACCAAAUCAAACACAAAAACCAAACCUUCUUCUUUAUUCAUGAAUCCAUGAUUUCCAGCCAAAUUCACGUGUUUCGCUCUGCAUUUCGCGUUCUCAGAUAUCCAUUCACAAACUCACCAAACGCGCGUCCUUUGCUUUUGCUCCAUCCCAACACAAACGCUUCCUUCUGCCCCUCACCAACCACCCUUUGUUCUUCACUCACUGACGACUCCUUUUCCACUCCAAAACCAAACCAGUUGGGCUACAAUCCUUCAGAGGAACUGUUCGAGCUGGAGGAGGAGCUCAAACCAAGCAAGGGCAAGUCUCAUGCACCAGAACCAAGGUCCUGGUUUGGUCCAAAUGGACAGUAUAUCAGGGAGCUACCUUGUCCGAGUUGCCGAGCAAGGGGUUAUACACCUUGUACAGAGUGUGGAAUAGAAAGAUCAAGACCAGACUGUCCAAAAUGUUAUGGAAAGGGUAUAUUGACUUGCCACCAAUGCUCUGGAGAUCGUGUUAUAUGGGAGGAAUCAAUUGAUGAAAAACCAUGGGAGAGGGCCCAUUCUAUUUCCCCACUUAAAGUUAAGGAAGAUGAUGAAGUUGACAAAUUAGAAAUAAAGCUAGAUGUGAAGAAAAAAUCCAAGCGUGUUUACCAAUCACCACCUCCAGAAGUUGGAUUAAAGAUUAGUCGUUCAUUGAAAAGUCUGAAUGCCAAAACUGGUCUGUUUAGCAACCGAAUGAAGAUUAUUCACCAGGAUCCCAAGCUUGAGGCACAGCGUGUGGCUGCUAUCAAGAAAGCCAAGGGAACUGUUGCAGCAAGGAGACACACUUCCAAUACCAUGAAAGCUUUCUUUAGUGAUCCAAUAAACCGACAGAAAAGGAGCAUGGCCAUGAAGGGAGUAAAAUUCUACUGCAAAAACUGUGGACGUGAAGGACAUAGGAGAUACUACUGUCCAGAACUCAAGGAUACCUUGAUUGAUCGGCGAUUCAUGUGUAGGGUCUGUGGGGAAAAGGGUCACAACAGAAGAACAUGUAGAAUGAUAAGGGUAAGCCAUAGCAAUGAGAGAAUGAUAAAACAGAAUCAGUGUAGGGUCUGUGGGGAAAAGGGCCACAACAGAAGAACUUGUUGGAAGUUAAGGAUAAGCGGUAGAAAUGGGAGAGUGAUAAAACACCGCAAGUGUAAAGUAUGUCACCAAUUCGGCCAUAACCGCAGAACCUGUCCUCAAGUUGUUCCUAGUAAAAGAAAAACGGUCUCUCGAAGGCAAUACAAGUGUAGGUUGUGCAAGAAAAAGGGACAUAACAGUAGGACAUGUCCAAGUAAGACACAUGUUACUGAACAUCCUCAAGAUUAAUAAUCACAAGAAUGUUAAGCUAUGUCUUGUUGUGUACACUAAUCAGAACAGGAAGAGCUAUAUAUAUUGUGCUUGCUCUUGUUAUCUAUCUGCAA